UAUUUUGAAACGGACACUCCUCUCUCUCUCUCUUUUCUUGUUUCUCAACGCUGCUAGAGACGUGGGAGGGAGAGAUUUUUUCCAUUGCAUCAAGAUUUGCCGGUGAAGAAGCUUUCUUUCUAGUUGUGGGGAGUCUUGGGACGAUGGGAAGCUUGGAGAAAGAGGGUUUUUUGGUUUUUAACACCAAGAAGGUAAGAAAUAACUCAUUUUUGCCGUUGAAUCGUUCAUUUGUCUUAUUUCCUACAUUUAUUUGUAUGUUUUUACUUGUUUUGUGAAGAUAUAAUGUCGGAUCCUGCAUGGCAAUGGUGUACAAGGGUGAAUCCCAAAGAUAGAUUAAGAGUUAAGUGCAAUUUUUGUAAGCAAAUCAUAUCAGGAGGGAUCUCUCACUUUAAACACCAUAUAGCUGGUACACACAGCGAUGUAGCUCAAUGCAAUGGCUCCCAAGAGAACCCAUUGCCAGCGUAUGUAAAGCACCAGUGUCAGGAGCUUCUUGAUGCAGUGAAAGCAAGUAGGAUUGAAAAAGAAAUGGAAGAUGCAAAGGAAGGAUAUGGGGACCCACAUGAAGAGGAAGAAAGUGAAGGUGAAGAUGUUCAGCUUGAAGAAGAAGAUGUUGGUGUCAGUUUGAGAACAGCUAAAGGGAAAGGCAUCAUGCGUGGAGGUGGUUCUUUUGCAACCAGAAAAAGAAGAGGUGCAAAUAUAAGUUCAGUUUCACGAGGGCGUGGCAGGAGUCAUAGUGGUCGUACUGGUGGUGGUAGAGUACCUACUAUGAGGUCGAGCAAUAUGUCUGGUUCGAUCAAGAAUUUUUUUCCCAACUAUACUGCUGCUGGUGCUCAGCCUGAGAUUCGUAUAGCCAUGCAAUCAAAGGAUAUUAUUGAAGCAGCAGAUGAAACCAUAGGAAGGUGGUUCUAUGAUGCAUCCAUUCCCUUCAAUGCAGCAAACUCUUAUCAUUAUCAGCCUAUAGCAGAUGCGAUUGCUAGUGUAGGGCGAGGGUAUAAAAUGCCCUCUUUUCAUAAAUUGCGAGGAUGCAGUGUAAUGGCAGAUGGGUGGACAGACAUCAAGAACAGAACAUUGGUAAACUUCCUUGUAUAUUGCCCUCUUGGUACUAUGUUCUUAAAAUCUGUUGAUUUGUCUGAUACUCUUAAGACCGUUGAUGUGUUGUUUGGGAUUUUUUCAUAAAGUUAUAAAAGAAGUUGGGCCUGAAAAUGUCGUACAAAAUAUCACUGAUAAUGCAACAAAUUAUAAAGCUGCAGGUGAAAUGUUAGCAGCACGAUAUGGGACAUUUUAUUGAAGUUCAUGUGUUGCUCACUGUGUAAAUCUUAUGCUUCAAGAUCUUGGUGAAAGAGAUGAUAUGAAGUUGACAGUUCAUAGAUGCCAAGAAAUCACGAAGUUUAUUUAUAAUCAUGCUUAUGUCUUGAAUUUGAUGAGGAAAUUCACAAAUGGGGCUGAAUUGAUUUGACCUACACAAACACGGUUUGCUACAAAUGUUUUGACUGUGCAGGGUAUAGUCAAGCAAAGAACUUCUCUCAAGCAGAUGUUUUCAAGUGAUGAUUGGGCUGCAUAUCCACAUGCCUAUAAAAGAAAGGCUACGACAUUUGUGGAUACCAUCUUCGAUGCUGACUUCUGGGAAUCAUGUGUGCACUUAUUGAAGAUUUGUGUACCUCUAGUGAAAGUCCUCAGAUUAGUUGAUAGUGAAGAUAGACCUUCUAUUGGAUAUUUAUAUAAGUCUAUGGACAGAGCCAAGGAGGCCAUUAGAGAUAACAUGAAGGGGAAAAAGAAGUUGUACAUGCCUAUAUGGAAGAUUAUAGAUGAAAGGUGGUCUGGACAACUUCAUCGCCCACUUCAUGCAGCAACCUACUACCUAAAUCCUGCUAUUAGAUAUCUUCCCACUUUUAAGAAGGACAGAGAGGUCGAGUAUGGCAUGUUGGAUUGUAUUGAUGUAUUAGUAAGUGAUAGUAAAGAACAAGACGUUAUCCAUAUGUCGAUCAACAAAUAUGAUACGUUUUCUGGUACCAUGGCGAGAGACACAGAAGUUCGAUGCAUAACAACUAUGCGUCCAGGUAUUGGAAAAAGAGACUUUAUACUUCUUUUUUUGUUGUUUAGCUUUUAUGCUACCGUCUCACAUAUUUAUUCUGACAACAUUUUUACUACAUAUUUAUUCUGACAACAUUUUUACUUUCCAUUUGUUAUUAGAUUUGUGGUGGGAAAGGUUUGGGCCUCAUUGCCCAGAAUUAAUGAAGCUUGCAAUUAGAAUCCUCAGCCAAACAUGUAGUGCAACUGGAUGUGAAAGAAAUUGGAGUGUAUUUCAACACAUCCACAGUAAGAAGAGGAAUAGGCUGGAACAUAAAAGGUUGAAUGACCUUGUUUACGUUCGUUAUAAUAUGAAGUUGAGACAAAGGUAAACAUUUGUUAUACAAAAUAGCAAAUUCUAAUAUAUAUUUUAAUCUCUAACAAUUUGUUAAAUUUUUCUCUUGUUAGGCAACUAGAAACAACAUCUACGAGGAAGCAUCACAAUCAAUAUGAUCCUAUCUUCAUUGACCAUUUUGAUAUAUUAGAUUCUUGGGUUGAAGAAGAACCAUCUGCAAUACUUGAUGAAGACGAUCUUGAUUUUUUUAACGUUGAAGGAGCAGCAGAGAUUAUUGAUGAAGGAGAGGCUGGGGGGAGCAAUGGAAUGUUGGUGACAUUCCAUUUGAAACAGAGGGGAUAGAAGAAGCAGUUAACGAAGAAGCAUUUAACAUUACUAGGGUCAGCUUACCCACAACCUAAGAUCUGGCAUCUGCAGACAACUUCAUCUGUCUAAUUUCAUACAAGAGUGAAAUACCUAGCUACUGUGUAGAUAAGAUGUACAGCACUGGUAGAGAUAGUCAGUUUAUCCAGGCUGACAGGGAUAACUAAACAAAUUGUUUCACUUCCAUGCACCCCAAAAGUAUAGAUAUAUAGUCAACCACUAUAACUGUAUUCGUUCAUAAUAGUGCAGACUGAAAAAAGUGCUUACAAAAUUUACCAAGAAUACACUUGGAAAUUUAAAACAUAAAGUGGAUUCUAGUUUCCAAGCUUUAGCUUUUAUUAAUGACAAUUAGCAGCAAGUUGUACCAUGAGCUUAUUUCAGUCAUUGACCUGCACAAGCGUUCUUGUGUCUCACUAAAUUGAACAUCUAUCCCACCAAACCCAUAUGUAUAUGCAUGCAUUCAUGCACAAGCAUGCAGUGCAUUGCAAGCUCGGCCAUGGAUUGGAGGCUAGCUCAAUAGGGCUAUCCCUGAUCCAGUUGAGCCACAGAGGCCUCAAGUACACCUAAGGUGCAUCACCAUUUCAGCUUUGGUCAUUCCUGAAUGGAAAGACAAAAGUUUAUGAAGAUAAGAAAGAAGAAAAAGAAAAUUGAUAUCUAAUUAAUAUAGUAUAUUGGAUUAGCAUAUCAAAUACAUAAAUUGAUAACCUGCAUUCUUAAGUAGCAGCUGCCGUAGUUUGUUGUCAAAUUGAACACAAAAGUGGCAGAAAUCCACUGAGCAACCAAUAAAUGGGACCAAAUCCAGAUGCAACUAUAAGCAUGUCUCUCAGUUACACUAUUCACUUGAUUUUGUGGAUUAACCCAGCCAUAUUCUAACUAGGUUUUCGACUUUUACUGUAUAUUUUAUGGCACUGCAUUGCCUUCUUUGUACUCAAGUCUUGAAGCUUUCGAACCGCAUCAUGGAAGAUCCAUUACAGGUCAAUACAGGGGAUGAGGGAUAAGGCAAUAGAGUAUCAUUUUUACCUUUUCAUGUAUUCUAUCCCCAAUGGUAAAGUAAAACAGGUUAAGGUGUCUCACAUGAUGUGAGGGGCAGUCUAUCUGCUUGAUCAUCACUUCAUAUAUUAGUCUUAAUGUACAAUGACAAAAAAAGUUAUUGUGUUACAUGUCCUUUAAGUGCAUUCACAUGUCAAAAGAUUUCGCAGACUCAACUAUUCCAACUGUAUUCAACAGCAAGGAUAAGUUCAAAUAGAUGUCUCCAGUCAUUAAACAAAUGGUUCAUUAAGUGCUUAUAGCAAGCGAACUAUAGGUAUACAGUUUAUUGUAUUUUCCUUUUUAAGUUUUUGAUAAAUAAACAGUACUCUGCAGUGCA